UGUAGAGUCCAUGGAGCCGGGCUCCUCCCCCCGCUCCAGCCUGGCGGGAAGGGGAAGAGCAGGGGGGGAGGCUUCGCUUUCACUUUCUUGCAGGCCGGGCCGGGCGGGCCCUGAGCGAUGGCGGAUCGGCAGCUCGGCAGCGUGCGGACCAGGUUCGUGGAGAGCGUGAGCAAAGCCGUGAUCAACUCCCUCCUGGACGACCUGCUGGAGAAGCAGGUGCUGAACGAGGAGGAGGUGGAGGAGGUGAGGGAAGGCCACAGCAAGAAGAGUGACCAAGCCAGGUGUCUGAUCGAUGGGGUGAGGAAAAAGGGAGCCAGAGCCAGCGAGAUCUUCAUCCGGUGCCUCUGCUGCAGAGACGUGCACCUGGCCAGUGACCUGGGGCUGGCAGCCCCCUCGGCUACCGCAGGGGUUCCAGUGCCACAGCCAGGGCCGGCCCCCCAGGAGAACGAGCCAGGGUCCACCGCAGAAACCCAGCCAGCCCCAUGCCAGGGCUGGAUCCGGCCCUGCCCCCCGGAGGACGUCCAGCGGAUCCAGAGGGAGGAAGCAAAGGAGAUCUAUCCCAUCCGGGACAAGGCAACACGAACCCGCCUGGCCCUCAUCAUCUGUAACGUAGAGUUCGAGCAUCUCCCCAGGCGGGGCGGGGCCGACGUGGACGUGAGUGGGAUGCAGAGGCUUCUAGAGGGGCUGGGCUACAAGGUGGGAACCUACGGAUCUCCCCCCGCUCAGGACAUGCUGGCAACGCUGAAGCAGUUUGCUGCUCGGGACGAGCACCAGACCUCGGACAGCACCUUCCUUGUGCUCAUGUCCCAUGGCGUCCGGGCAGGGCUGUGCGGGACGAAGAGCCACGGCGGGGCCACGGACAUCCUUCCCGUCGACACCAUCUACAGCACCUUCAACAACAAGAGCUGCCAGGCCCUGCUGGGCAAGCCCAAAGUGAUCAUCAUCCAGGCCUGCCGGGGGGAGAGCCAGGGACACGUGUGGGUGAGCGACUCCGCAGAGCUCCCUGGAGAUGGCGCCAGCCCUGCGCCAUGGCCCACCGAAGAGCUGGAAGAUGAUGCCACCCACCAAAUCCACGUGGAGAGCGAUUUCAUCUGCUUCCACUCCACAACGCCAGGUACCUGCUGCCAGGGCACAGGCUGGGGCUGGGGCUCUGCUGGGACGUGCACCCUGAACACCCCGGUCUGCCCGGGGUCCCUCCCAGCCCCCCGGCCUCCUCCUGGCCAGCCCUCGGGGCCUCGUCCUCCCAGCCACUCGCUGGGCUUGGAGGCACUGUCCUCCCCUCCCCUCUGCACAUCAGAGCCUGUGUGGGGGGCUGCCCUGUGCCCUGCUCAGGGGUUCCCAGGGCUCUGCCCUUGGCCCCUUUCCCCUUGCUCCCCGGACCAGCUCGCAAGACUCCGCUCCCCUUUCCGCCCGGUGGCUCUCAGCUCUCGCCCGGCUCUGUCCUGUCACCCUGCGCACGGCUCAACCCAGAGCCCUUCCCCUUCACCGUGGUCGACAGCCUGUGGGGCUGUGGGCCUGUUUCCGACCCCGCCCUCUCCCUCAGCAUCGCCAAGAUCCUUCUUUGCCUUCCAAUCCCUCCUGCAUGGGCUCCCAGAGUCCCCUGGAGGGCCCCUGCUAUCCCUCUUGGGGAUUGCUGACAAUCAGCGAACUGUUCCUCCGCCCUGA